AAUAACGUAAGGGGCUAACUCGGCCCUUCGGCCUAAUAAUAAGUUCAGAAUCCUCUAUUUCUUUGGCAGUUAAUAAACCCUAAAAACCCUAAAAACACAAUACAACGGGCAGAGCUUUCCUUCACUUCAGCACCUUCAAUGGAAAACCAAAACUCAAUCUUCCCAAUAAAACCAAAACUAAAACCCAAAUCGAGAACUCCUUCAAAAUCUCCAGAAUCCAAAUACUGGUCUUCCUUCAAAUCCACUCAAAUCCCUAACUUGAUCUCUUCAAUACCUUCAAUUGCCUACUCUCCAAUUCCCUCUUCUCACCUCUUCGCCGCCGCAAAUUCCGCUUCUCUCACUCUUUUCUCCUCUCAAACAUUCGCUCCCACAUCCUCCAUCUCAUCCUUCUCCGACGUCGUUUCCUCCUGCUCUUUCCGCUCCGAUGGCUCCCUCAUUGCCGCCUCCGAUCUUUCUGGGCUCGUUCAGGUCUUCGAUGUCAAAAGCCGGAACCCACUUCGUCGUCUUAAGUCACAUGCCCGUCCUGUUAGGUUUGUUAAAUACCCAUUUCUUGAUAAGCUUCAUUUAGUGUCUGGUGGUGAUGAUGCUAUUGUUAAAUAUUGGGAUGUUGCUAGUGAAACUGUGGUUCUUGAUUUGUUGGGUCAUAAAGAUUAUGUUAGGUGUGGUGAUUGUUCUCCAAUUGACGGCGAGGUUUUUGUUACUGGGUCUUAUGAUCAUUGUGUUAAAUUAUGGGAUGUUAGAGUUGAGAGUAAAAGAUCAGUUCUUGAAAUGAAUCAUGGCAAGCCUAUUGAGGAUGUCAUGUUUUUGCCUUCUGGUGGAAUGCUUGUUACUGCUGGAGGUAAUAGUGUAAAGAUUUGGGAUUUGAUUGGUGGAGGAAAGAUGGUUCAUUCUGUUGAGAGUCAUAAUAAGACGGUUAUGUCUGUCUGUGUAGGGAAGAUAAUGGAAGAUGAGGGAAUGCAGUAUAGAAUUAUGAGUGUUGGUUUAGAUGGGUAUAUGAAGGUUUUUGAUUAUGCUAAAAUGAAAAUUACCCAUUCAAUGAGGUUUCCUGCUCCCCUUAUGUCAAUUGGGGUUUCACCUGAUUGUAUGUCUAGGGCAAUUGGAACUUCGAAUGGGAUUAUAUUUGGUGGGAGAAGGAAGGUGAAGGAAAAUGAGGAACAGGGUGGAAGAGGGUUUGGGGAUUUUAUGGGUUUAGGGAGUAUUGGGGAGCCGCAGAGACGGGUUUUGAGGCCUACUAAUUUUAGGUACUUUCAUAGGAGUCAAGGAGAGAAGCCAAAUGAAGGUGAUUAUUUGAUAUUGAGACCCAAGAAGGUGAAAUUGGCUGAGCAUGAUAAGUUGUUGAAAAAAUUUAGGCACAAAGAAGCUUUUGUUUCAGUUCUGAGUGGGAAGAAUCCAGAAUAUGUGGUGGCUGUGAUGGAGGAGUUGGUGGCUAGGAGGAAAUUGAUCAAGUGUGUGUCAAAUCUGGAUGAAGAAGAGCUUGGAUUGUUGUUGGGUUUCUUGCAUAAGUACUCAACUAUGCCAAGACAUUCCGGUCUGUUAAUGGGGUUAACGAGAAAAGUGCUUGAUAUGAGGGCUGAUGAUAUUAAAGCUUCUGAUGCAUUGAAGGGUCAUAUUAGAAAUCUGAAGCGUUCAGUCGAAGAAGAGAUCAGAAUACACCACGCACUUCAGGAGAUUCAAGGAAUUAUUUCUCCACUAUUGAGGAUUGCUGGGAGAAGAUAGCUUUUCUGUCUUUAAGGUACUCUUUGCUGCUCAUACGACAAAGAAACUUCUUGCAAUUUGUACCUUGCUGGAAGUAAUUUAUGUGUUAAUUUUGGAGGUUUUUUUUUUUUUUUUCAAUGUGUCAAUUUUGAUAGUAUUUAAUCAUGAAAGACCAAGUUUUCUCUUGUAAUUCGCCGAGAUUGAUUAAAAACUGACACAAACUCACCUAUAUAUCUAGUCUUUGCUA